AUGACAAUUACCAAAAGCAACUAUGAGACGAUAAUCGAAAUGGAAGAGUUUCAUCCACUCUUUGGAGAUUCAAACGGAGGGAUUCAAACGCGACAGUUUGAUGCAACUCAACAGUUGUCAUUACCUACUGUGACAUUAUCAGCCGCUAGCCGUCGCAAACCCGAACCGAAGCGAUGUCACAUGGCACGCAGCUUGAAGAUAUUCGUCUGUCUAUUUCCACUUUACUUUUACCGUCAAAUAAAUGACGUUUCUGUUUCCACGGAUAUGUUUUCUUCUCCUAUCGUAAGAAACGAUUACACUUCGGUCCGCAGCAUUCACGACUUGGACAGCCAGCGAGUUGCUCAAUGGUGCAAUCGCCGAGUCUACGAGUGCCCGUGCCAAGAUCCUUUGGUGGCCAAUCCUCGCGAUUCCGAGACAGCAUGGCAAACCAAGCAUGCAAAAAAUGUACAAGUCUUGACGGAUUCCAUGUCGGGAAGCAAAAAUGGAACGGGAUAUCCUGAUGUAGUAUUUUAUGGGGAUGGUCUAGUGGCGGGUUGGAAUAAGUAUCCAGCCGUCUUUGAUUCUUUUUUCAAAGUGACCAAGGGUGGGAAGUUCAAUGCGAUUGCACUGGGAAUUGCAGACGAUCGGUCCCCCAACUUGUUGUGGCGCUUGCAGAAUGGCGAAAUGCCAGAUGACUAUACAGAAUUCUCCACUGAACCAGCGGUAAUGUGGUUGAUGAUUGGGUCCCAAGAUUUGGGAUUGACGUCAUGUGCCCCAGAAUUGGUCAUUAUUGGCAUUUUGCGGAUUGUUGAAGAAUUGCUCAUUAGAACAACGACCGCCAAUGUUGUGAUCAAUGGGAUUUUGCCGCGGACUUUUAAUCGGGAUGGAUUCGUCAACAAGGGUGGAUUGUUGAAUCCUUCCACUAUUGGAAUCCCAACCGGAAUAGGCACUACUGCUGGAUCUAACGAGAAUGGUGCAUCAGGUGUCUUUAAUUCUGCAGGAAGUACCGAUGGGACGACUGUAGCUUCCACCACCAAGAGUUUAUGGCAAGACAUUCAAGUAGUCAAUGAGGAAUUGAAAUUGUACGCCAGGUAUCGACAUCGAGUAUCCUACUUUGAUCACAAUAAAAAGCUAUUUGAAGACCCAUCAGCAACAGGCAAGGACUUGCGAAUUGAUCCCAGAUACAUGGAAGAUCACUUUCACUUGACACAAAAGGGAUACCAGCAGUGGGGAGCGGCCAUUGCCAAGAGAUUGUCAAAGCUCAUUGUACUGCCCUAUCGCAAUAUGCCAGACGGAUCGGCACGGCAAAAGGCAAAGACGGAAGAGGGCUACCAGGAAGACUCUUAUUUUGGAGAUGAUAAAGACGAGGAUGAUCCAUGA